AGAUCGCCAGAGACAGAGGUAGAACAACAACAACAACAAUAUUCCCGGUGCGCAGAAGCAGCGUCAGGCGGGGUACACAAUAACUGAAGCAGAUGACGGACCAGUGCUCUCAAACUUCCCAUGCUGCUUUGCGCCGCACGCUUGGUGGCGCGCCCAUCUUUUUAAAAUCGUCUACUGCUCAGAAUCGGGCAAAGAAGGUUGCCAGAAAAGGAUUACACGAAUUCGUUAAUACAUUCCUGGGUUACUACUGCUUGCUCUGCUGCAGAAACUUUUACUUUUUACAAAUAAUUAUGCCUCGUCCAGUAGUAAAGCCUUAUGAACCAUCAUGCAUGGCGUGUUCACGGUUUCUUGCUCAUUUCUCUUUUCUAGAAGCCGCGGCAUUGUUAGUAAACCGUAUGCUAUUUCGAUUUUACGGCUGGCCUUAUCUCGCUACCGCGACAUCGCUCUCAGUGACUUGCGGGCUCUGUUCUGCCGCGCAGACAAUCCGCCGAUUCGCGAAAAACUCGUUACGUUUCACCAUACCUCAAAACGGUCCUCACUCACCGUACAUAGCGUUGUGACAUCGUUGUGACACCGUCACACUAGUGACGUCCGCUAGUUUGGUUGCUCGUGUCUACGUCAUCGCAUUUUGAAACCAGGUGUGAACAUGCCGUUCGUUAUUCUCGUUCAUUUCGAAAACUGUUUGGGGAAAAUUUUUCAUUUGGCAUUUACACGUAAGAACCGAAUACGAUUCCAAUUUCAAGAUUGUCGACAGCCCCACUUUGGCAAAAUUAAUACACGAAUCAAUCAUUGUUACGUCAGGCCACGCCACCAAAGCCACGGAACAUUGUUGUCUUGACAUAAUAACCCGCAAUUAUUAGGAAAAUGAGAAAGGCCCAACGGAAGGCAGUCGUGUUCUGCCUUGAGCGUCAGUGCUUGUGCUAACUAUGGAGUUGAAUGUGUUCCCAUAUACGUAUUUAACUUUUCAGGUUGUUUGACCAAUGUCUUCAAAAGGCAGUUACGGCAUUCUCUCGAAUGAUGCGUCGGCGGGGGGAGACUUUUUGGAAGAUUACUUGGGGUUCUUCGCUUUCCUCUUCGUAGCUGCGUGCCUGAAGACAAUCCAGCGCCAGAUCCGCAUCCCCUACACGACAGUGGUGUACAUCCUGACGACAGUGCUCAUCUGCUCCCUCGUAAUGAUGAAAGGCGCGGGCGAGAGGACAUUCAAGGUGUCUACGGGGGUCGUGGGCCUCGUCGGCACGCAGGCCAUUCGGAUUUUCGUGCCAGCCUUCGUCGUCCAUUCAACACAGGGCAUCAAUAGCUACAUAUUUCGCCGAUGCCGCUUCGAGAUCAUGGUCUUCUCCAUCGGAACCUUCAGUAUAUCGGCAGGCAUGGCGUACUUGUACGCUCGGAAGAUAGCCGAUGACACAUGGAAGACGAACGAAUGUAUUUUCUUCGGUCUGUUUCUCUGCUGUGUCGAACGCAUGCCGCUCAGCGAUGUCCUCUUCGAUGAAGGCCGGUACCCGGUGAUCGCUACCAUGAUCCAGUCAGAAGCCCUGUUCAGCACGGCCAUUAUGUGGUUCCUGUACGGCCUGUUGUCUGACUCCGCGGAUGUCGACGGCAGCCCGAACCAGAACAGUCCGUUGGUGUUCCCUUUCCAAAACCAGGUUCUUGCGCUGCUUGUAGGAGCUCUGAUGGGUGGUAUGGCGAUGAUGGCACUACGCGUGAUUCCUUUCGGCAGUGAGGCGGCUGUCAUGGUGAUUGUCUGCUUCACCUACCUCACCUAUUUCUUCCUCGAGACAUUGGGCAGCUCUGGUGUAACUGGUGUCAUCGCCUACACGAUGAUUAUCAACACCCACCGUUUCAUCUCGUGCACGGAGCUCCAGGACACCCUCGAAGACUAUUGGGCCGUGCUGUUUGAUGUGACGGGAACCUUCUCGACGUUCGUGGCGGCGUCGUACACAGCCCGCUUGCUUUCGAACUAUCACAUGGGGUUCGACUUCGCCGACAUGUUCUUAUGCUAUGUUUUGAAAAUGUGCAUUCGAUUCGUGGCCGUCUCCUUGCUGUAUCCCGUGAUUGGGCAUUUCGGCUAUCGCAUUUCGGCCAGGCAGGCGCUCCUCCUCAUCUGGAUGGGAGUUAAGGGAACCUACGUCAUAUCCCUCGCAACGCUCUAUCACAUCGUCAACACCGACACCCACACAGAAAGCGUUGCAAAGUCUUUCAUGUUCAUCGUGUGCGACAUGCUGCUCACUCAAGCCAUCAAUGUGUCCUUCUUGCCUCAACUGCUCAGCGCACUGGGCUUCUCGGAUGUGUCCGAGGUUGAUUGCAACACAAUGAAGGAUGCCGUCAUGUACAUCCAGGAGGUUGCCGACAACGCUGCAGCCAUCAACCACAAUGACCCUUAUUUUCUCCUGGCCGACUGGAGAUGGGUUCGAAAGCGUACGCACGUCGUAAACCCUCUCGAGGCAUCCUUUCGUUUCCAGAGAAGCAGAAACAGAUCUAAACGCGACAAACGGAAGCGGGAUAAGAAGCAGUCGCAAGAGCAUAACCAGAUAAUGGCCGUUGAAAAUGUCCUUCGGAUUGAGUCGGUGAGCUUCGCCCGGCAACAUCGGGAGGGAUCGAUCCAAAAGAAGACGUUGAUGGCUCUGGUAGCAGCGUUGCAGUAUCCAUACGACAAGAAAAUAUACCUGGACAUGGACAUCAUCGCUUCUCUGGUUGAUAUUCCCAAGUGGGUGUUGUGGAUAAAAGAGCGUAUCGCGGUACCAACAAACGAGGAUAAAUCUGUGAGCGACGACAGCGCUUCUCUGACGGAACGUAUUGCCAAGCCAAUAAGCGAAAAGCUAAUGGACUUGUUCGAGCACGAAUACUACGAGAUGGUCAUCACCAACACGACGCUCGCAUUUGUAUCCGUCUUGCUCGGAUUCCUCAAUGCUGUUGUCCUUUACCACGAAGUCAGUCUGUUAUUUCUGCUUGGCAUUGAAGCCGUCUACCUCAUUAUGUUCUUCAUCGAGGUUGCCCUCAUGGUUUCGGCUUACGGACAGAAGCUGGUGAACCUGGACUACUACAACAGGUUGGACCUGCUUAUCCUCGCCACGUGCGCCUGCGUGUUCGCGGGACAAUGCGUGCUGUGGGUGAUCAAGGAAGAUGGUAUUCAUGUGUGGCUUUGCGUCGUCUUUAUUCUCGUGAUCGCCGUGCGACUAGCACACGCCGUCAAGUACAUCGAGCUGGUAGGCUUGUGGACGUCCUCUCUGAUCCACCGCUAUCUAGACGCCGUCAUCUAUUCUGCAUAUGAAGCUGGCCAUGCCAUUGUGACGGGAGAAGAGGAGGUGCAGAGGUACGUCUGGAAGUACGUCGACUCCGCUGACCUGGCCAUGGACAUCCGCAGUCAUGCGACAGUUAACAGGCUGACGGUAUUGCGAAAGCUUGCCGAUAUCCAUUCUCGCUUCCCGGGCAUCAUGGUGGCAUUCCGAAGUCGCCUGGCGAGCACUACCAUCCUGGGAGACCUGAGCCGCCGACUGGCGGAUAUGCGGAUGGAUGGACUGCUGGAUGCCGAAGACAACAAGCAGCUACGACUGGAAGUCCAGUACCAACACGUGCGUAUAAUUGGAGAACCAUGCAGCUUGCCCACCAGCUAUACGCCCAUCGCAAUGCUAAGGGUCAUUCCUUGGAUCAAGUCGGACAUCAUACGGCAGUUCUUGGCGAUAAAAAUACGACCAGUGUCUUUCAAUGCCGGCGAAGUGAUCGUGGAGCGUGGCGAAGAGAACCCAAUAUUGUUAACGUAUUCUGGAAUCUUAAAGAUCGAAGGACAACACGAAGAAAGCGGCGACGGAGCCCUGCCUAACUCUGCAUCGCACCUUUUUUACUUCAACGAGGGUUAUUUUGCCGACUUUGUGGCAUCUCCAGCCUGCGUCGGAGAACUGGGACUGGUCACCGAGGAGCAUUCAAUCACGAGGAUCAUCGCCGAAACUCAAACCAAUGCUUACAUAAUACCGAGGGAGCGUAUUAUGGAAGGGAUGAGAAUAUUCACGCGUCCACCUAGCUUCCUUUACGAGAUCUGGGCCUACAUCGCCAGGAAUGUCGGGCUAUUAAUUCUCCAGACUCAUCCUAAAUAUCAGACGUGGCCACCAGGACGCUUGAAGCGACGUCUAGAGACUUUUCUGAUGCCCAACUUGGAAAAUGCGUCCAGAUUCAUGCUCACUUCAGAUAUCUACGACACGAUGCUGAUCCAAGGCGUCGCUAUUGACACCGAGACGCAAGAGCUUCUAACCGGGCCAAUGUACAUUCCUCACUGGGUGCGAAGGCUUAACCUUCCGGGUGUCUACCAUCAUCGCGUCCGACCAGUCCUCCUGAUCAUAGCCGACAAGCGAUACCGGCUGCCCACAGAGGUGGACUGGCUGCAACCUUGCGAGGGAGCCGAAGACGACGAAGGCCAAUAUCAGGAGUACCUCAAUAGGGAGUUUGGGCCUCAAGAACAGCCACAGCUCUUCUUGGAGGACGACAACUGACUCCUUCGAUGUCAUAUAUGCAUAACUUCGGAAAUUUCUGAAUAUUAUCUUGCUCUGUGUAGACACAAGUUGCAGCCUUUAUCGAGUAUACUAUAUAUAUAUAUAUAUCUUUGGGGCACGCUUUUGUUAGCAUGAUUGAUUCACACAGGACUCUCUGACGUGGGCCAGGAGAAAUAACAUAUAAAUGCCACAUUAACUGCA